AUGUUUGAUUGUACACCUGAUGUGUCUCACAAAGAGCAAAUGUCCCAGGUUUUAAGAUACGUGUACAUUUCUAACGGCACUGUUUCAGUUGAAGAAACUUUUAUAGACUUUAUGGAAAGUCACGAAAAAACUGGCGAAGGAUUAUCUUUAGAAAUCAUAGAAAAAUUAAAUAAAGAUGAUUUAAAACUAAGCAAUUGUAGAGGACAGAGUUAUGACAAUGCUGCCAACAUGUCUGGAAAGUAUAAAGGUGUAAAAACACGUAUUAUGCAAAUUAAUAAUUUAGCUGUAUAUGUACCAUGUAAUGCUCAUAGCUUGAAUUUAGUUGGCAAUGAUGCCGCUAAAGUAUGUGUACGUAUGAUAACGUUCUUUGACACAGUCCAACAAAUUUUUAACUUUUUUUCAUCCUCAACAAGCAGAUGGACAACUUUAAUGAAAUGUAUUAAUAUUUCAUUAAAAUGUACUAGUGCCACGCGGUGGUCUGCAAAACAAGAUUCUGUAUCAGCACUUAAACGUAAUUUAAAAAAUGUAUAUAAUGUUCUAAAAGAAAUGUCAGAAAACCCAAAGUUACCUAAAGAGGUAAUUCUUGGAGCAACAAAUCUUUUGAAACAUCUUGAUUUUAAUUUUUUUUGCCUACUGGAUUUAUGGAAUGAAAUAUUAACAACCAUUAAUCGCGUUAAUUUAGCUUUACAAAAGAAAAGUUUAACGAUUGAUAGCGCAACCAAAAUGGUUAAAGGUUUAAUCUUAUCAGUACAAACAAUGCGAAAUGAAGGAAUUGAAAAAACAAUUGAAUUCGGUAAAGUGAUUGCAAAUUAUCUCGGUAUUAAAGCAAAUUUUUCUGAUAAGCGAAAGAGGAAAGUGAAAAAAUUAGAUUUCGAGAUAAUUCAAGAUAAUGUGCAAGUUUUAUCUCAACAGAAUGAAUUUAAAAAAGAUAUUUUUGAAGUUUAUGAUCGAAUUCUUACAGAGUUAAGCAAUCGAUUCGAAAAUAUGUCAGAAAUUAAUGAAAAUUUUGGAUUUUUGUAUGGUAGUAGCUUGACGGACCACUCUAUGGACUAUAUACAAAAAUGUGCAGCUGACUUAUCUCUGAAGUAUGAAACCGAUCUAAAUUCUUCCGAUUUUAUCUCUGAAAUAAAAGAUUUUAAGUCUCAAGCAUUUUCUCUUUUACCUGACUUAAGAGCCGCAACACCUUUAGCCCUACUACAAUUAAUUACAACAUAUUCUUUGCGUGCUGAAUAUCCAAAUGUCGAAAUAGCUUUACGCAUAUUUUUGACUUUGCCAAUAACUGUGGCGAAGUGUGAAAGAUCAUUCAGUAAGUUAAAGCUCAUAAAAAACUAUUUGAGGUCGACUAUGGGACAAGAUCGAAUAUCUGAUAUGGCUAUUUUAUCUAUUGAACAUACAGUGGUAAAUACUUUAGAUAUAAACAAACUUAUUGAAGACUUUGCUGGGAAAAAAGCUAGAAAAAUUGCAAUUUAA